AUGCUGCCUGCUCACUACAUCCUUGUACUCCUCGCCCUCCUCUUUCCUCUUCAAGUAGCAAAAGGAACAGACCACAACAGCGCCUCUGUUCCGGUUAGUGGUUGGCAGCCCAUAAAGAACAUCAGAAACUGUCUUGUGAUAGAUAUUGCAAAGUGGGCAGUUGAUGAAUAUUACGGUUGGGAUCAUAUUAAGUUGGUGUUUCAAAAUGUGACCAAGGGCGACUACAAAGAUGUCCAAGAUGGGAUUCUGUAUCGGCUCUUCAUUACCGCUAAAGAAGAUGACUCAUUCAUUAACAAAUACCCCGUUUGUAAGGCUGUUAUCUCUCGUAGGCCUCGGGAUAGGUUUAACAAAUUGAUAUCCUUUUACAAACCUAUGGGAUAA